GUGAGGGCAGAGGAGAGCACUUGGCCCACACGCAGCACACUGUUAACUACACCUGAUGAGCCGCAUAACGACACUACGAGCAGGGAGUGGCGUUAUAGUGGCGUUUUAUCACCUGUCUUCGCUCAGGUACUCAUCACACGUGGAUCCGCUUUUAGGAGCAGCAGACUACCACCACCACCACCACCACCAUCUCGCCUCCUCAUGGUCCAGUGGCUGCUGCAGGGGACGGGAGGGGCCGAGCAGUCUCCCGCGCUGCAGAACCUGACUGACCCGCGCCAUGGCUGGAGGCUCCGAGAUGCUGCGGAACGGGGCUGACAGCAGGGAGGCGGAGCUCGAGACGUACCUUCAUGAUCUGUGCUCUGAGGUGACGCUGUGGAGCAAGAAGGAGGGAUUCUUCAGCCACUAUGUUGAGCAGAUCGACGAGCAAGUAUCCGAAGACUUCCUGGCAAAGUUCGGCAAGCUGAAGACCGAUGAGGCGCGCUUCCGCAAGAUGUGGGAGAUCAAGCCUAUCCACACACUCAAGGUGCAGAGCUUCUACAAGGAAAAGAGCCGCCAGGUCUCGGAGGAGCGGCGCGCUGACGGCAACAAGGCUUUCCAGAACAAGAAGUACCAGCAGGCCCUCAUCCUGUACUCCCAGGCGGUGAUGCGCGCGCCGUACGACGAAGGGGACAGCUACGCCCUUGCCCUGGCCAACCGAUCCGCCGUGCUGCACCACCUCGGAGACCACCGCCGCUGCCUCACUGACAUCGAUCUGGCGUUCAGGGCUGACUACCCGCCCGCCCUGGCCUACAAGGUUUUGGAUCGUCGUGGGCAAUGUUACCUCAAGCUUCGUCAGUACAGGGCGGCCGAGGAGGCGUUCACAGCGGCAGCCAAAGCCCUCUCCGCCUCAGACCUCGCCGAUAAGAAGCUCGUGACGUGGCAGAAAGACCUCGCCAAGAAGAUCGACUUGUCUCAGACGCAGAAAGAGGAUGAGGCGGAGGAGUCGUGUCCCUCGCAGAGUAGCAGCGCGGCCAGUCUGUUCGGGGGCGCCAGUGCCGUGCUGCCCAACGCCUCCGCCGCCGUCUCCCUCCACGUGUCCAAGGACGAAGGCCGGUUCGCAGUGGUGAACAGGAAGGUGCCGGCGGGGAAGGUCCUGAUGGCGGAGCGGCCCUACUCCUCUGUGCUCAUGGACGACAAGAGCGGCUUCAACUGCACCCAUUGCUACGCCAGAUUGGUGGCGCCCGUGCCCUGCCGCUGGUGCUCCGGGGUCGCCUUCUGCAGCCCCAAGUGUCGCGACGUGGCCCUGGCGUCCUACCACCGCUGGGAGUGCCGCUUCCUGGACCUCCUAAAGGGCUCCGGGGUCUCCAUCAACGUGCACCUCGCCCUCAGAGUCGCCACGCAGCACGGCCUCCACUUCUUCAAAAAGCUCCGGGAUAGGUUGGGUCAGCCUCCCGUCCUGCCCUCAGCCUCCUCGCCACACCACCCUGAAGACUACCUCAGUUUCUACCACCUGGCGGGGCUGGAGGAGAUGAGGUCCGCCAAGGACUUCUUCCACAGGACCCUCAUCGCCGUCUUCCUCCUCAAGAUCCUGCAGCGGGCGCACUUCUUCGGGAAAUGGGACGAUGAAGGCCCUCCGGACAAAGGACUGACGGAGGAUGAGGCGUUGGUCGGCGGUCUCCUUCUGCGACACCUCCAGGUCUCGCAGUUCAACGCGCACGAGCUCAGCGGGAUGGGCUUCGCGGACGGUGACAACAACUACAAGGUGACGAAGAGCGUGUUCCUGGGUCUCGCGGUCUACCCAACGAUCGCCUUCUGCAACCACUCCUGUUUUCCCGCCGUCGCCAGGUACUUCGAGGGUGACAGGAUGGUGAUAGUGACCCUCCGCCCUCUCAACCCCGGGGACGCGAUUGCCGAGAACUACGGUCCGAUUUUCACCCACCACCGAAAGCAGGAGAGGCAACGCAAGCUUCUCUCACGCUACUGGUUCAGAUGCCGGUGUGAGGCGUGCGAGGGUGACUGGCCAGUGUACGACCUCAUGCCGGACCGGAGAACGCUACGCUGCCAGACCUGCACCUCGCCGCUCCCCUUCAGGAUGGAAAACAAGUCCCACGUCAAGUGUUCGGAGUGCGGGGCCUCGUGCAACGCCGUGGAGACCUACAAAGCCGUGGACAAGGCCAACAAAUUAUAUGCGUCGGGACUGGUGCACAUGGACGAGGGGCGGCGGGAGGAGGCCAUCAAGGAUUUCCGGAUGUUCGUGGACGCGGUGUGCUUGCUCGUGGCGCCGCCCUACAAGGAACUCCACCUGGCCAUGCAGUCUCUUCGGCUUCUGGUGGCGGCCGGCGGAACUAUCCAUACCCCGCUCCCACCCAAAGCCAAGUAGCCUCCUGCCGGUGCUCCUGUAGAAGUAGUAGUAGUCGUAGUAACCGUAGUAGUAGUAGAGGUAGUGGAUGUAAAAGGCUCGUAACUAUGUGUAUUCGCCAUGUGUUAAGGGGAAUUAUAGUACAUAAGUGAAAAUGUCUAUCUAUCUAUCUAUCUAUUAUUAUUUCGUUUAUUACUUCCCCUAUAGCGUACGUGGCAUAUAUGUUGAUAUUUGGGUAUUAAAUGUUCAGUCUGUGAUGAUCA